GCACUCCAUUACCCAGAAUCCUUUGCCAUCGAAGUUUGCGUUAGUUAGGUUUGCGCCGUUGGUUUUCGUUUGUUGCUUUUUCCAACUUAUUUCACUUUACAAAAAUGUAUUUAAGUUCACGGUGAAAGUAAAGAAGUCUAGAAGAGGAUGAAAGUUCACAUUGUAGUUUAUUGUUGGUGUGUAAAUUGGUGAGAUGUCAACAGGUCAAAAGUCUCACUUGUUCAGGUGGAAAAGACUCGUUUCUCCAAACAAGAAACUUGUGAAGAAAGAUGACAUUGAAGAGUGGAGAAAGCGGGUGGAGAUGGCUUCUGAGUUUGCUAUAUCUGAAGUCUUCUCCCUUAGGAAGCCUCAAUCAGGGAUAAACAGAGGAGCUGAACCGCUGCAAAGCUCUGAACAGUUGAUGGAUCACGAUGACGCCUACAGUGAAGCUCAGGCUCUUUUAGAUAAUUGGCUGAGUGAUAAGUUACGGACAGAGCUGGACAUGGAGGAUAAAGAUGACUGGAAGGGUCAUGUUGAAAACACGCAAUCUACUGCCAUAGCUACUCCCCAACUGACUCCAAUCGCUUACAAAAGAUUUGACGAUCUUUAUAGCUGCCUGGUUGAAGAAGAAGAACAAUUUGCUGUUCAGAGCUUCCUUCAAGACCUAAGGGGCCAAAAGCUGUUGGACUCCGGUACGAAGAAGGGGUUAUCUCUGGAUGAUCGAGAAAGGCUCAAGAGGUUCAGAAACCCCAUUGUAACCAUGGAAGCUCGACACCAACAGGUACGAGAGAACAGGGAACGUCGGGAGGCGGAGAAGCAGAGGAAACAGAUGGAGAAGGAGGAGCAGCGCGAUGCCAGGAAGGAGGCAAACAGGAGGGAGAAAGAGGAGGAGAUGAGGAGGAAGCAACAGGAACAUAGAGAAGAGGAAAUGGUGCAGCAGGAGAUGAUUCGACUGAGAAAAUUGAUGGAGGAAAAGAAGAGCCAGGAGCAUUUUGCUCGACUAAGAGAAAAGGAGAAAAAGGUACAAAGAGCAUGCAGAAGCGUCGAGUCAACCCCAACUCUUCCCUCAAAGCAGCAGCUGCAGAACUGCAAUCAACUACAGCGAGAGCAGAGGAUUCAAACGAGAAUAGACAUGAUCAAUCUCAAGUUUCUACACAGGCAUCUGUCCGGAUGGUACUCUUUGGUGUUAAAGCGGCGCUUACAUAUAGGUAAAGCAGAGGCCCUUUGUGAUUGGAGGAGGCAGCUGAAAGCAUGGCAGGCAUGGCGAGCUGUGGUGUGGGCGGAGCGUAAUCAGCGAGAGGCGGCAAGAACCGAGGAGCAACUACGAACAGAGAAAAGACAAAACCAGCUGGCUGUGGAAAGCGACCGAAGACGUUUGCUGCGGCGAUUUUUGAACGAGUGGCAGCUCUGGUGUCGGACAGAGAAAUCCCACCGAGAACUACUGGCCCAGCAGCAGGAGACCAAAGCUAAGAUGGCUGCCUUGAUCAACGCUGCCUCUACAGGAAAACUCACGGUCAUAGCAGCACCUGCUGAUUCGGCAGUAAGUCUCCAACAGGAGCUCAGGAGCAAAGAAUAUACAGGAGCCAAGGAUCCAUGUGAAGCAGAGAAUGAAGUCCUCAAUGCCUCCAAAGGACAUCAGGAUAAAACCUCUGUGGCUGAGGUGGGCCGGCCUCUUCAACCGUGGCAAGUGACCCGGCGCCAUACAGCACCCACCGCUGCACAGCUACACACUGCCCGGGGAAGAACCAGAGAAAAUAGGGUUCUUGGCUCAGAAUGCAGGUCCGAAAGCAGAAAGGCUGUCCAGCAGCAGAUCAUCGCACAACAGAGGAAGCUCCUGAAAGAGCAGCAGGAGCAAAUCGCCCAGCUGAAGGAAAAGCAGAGCAUAAUGGGGUUGGAGUUGGAUAUGGAGAAAGCUGCACAGCUUACCCAGCUUAAAGCUGUGCGAGAAGAGAAGAGCUGCAGCUUUGGCCCUGGGGGGCAGAGAGCUCCCGGGGCUAAAGGGGAACCACGCAGUCAGAGUGCACCUCCCAGGAAAGCUGUCAUGAUGCAGACAUGCCCCCAUCCGAUUGUCACAGCCAUGGAAACCCGAGCAAGACAGCGUGCCGAGCGCAGGCAGGAGAUCGAGGAAAUCAAGAGGAGGAAAGAAGAGGCAAAGCUGGCAGAGUUGAAAGCUGCAGAGGAACAGAGGCAGAGGGAGGAAGAGGAGGAGAGGCGCAAGGCAGCAGAGAAGAGGAGGGAGGAGAAGAAGCUGGAACGAGAGAGGGAAGCAGAAAGACAGAGGCUCCUAAAACGGCAUCAGGACCUCAUGAGAGUGGCGUGUCAACACCGAAACAGGACCUUACUGUCACAUCGAGGCCUGGCACCAUGGAAACGCCUCAUUCAAUUAAAACAUGCCAACAUGGAGAUGGCUGAGACUCAUCACAAUUUGCUCCUCCUGAGGCGAUGCACCCUGGGAUGGCUGCAGUUUGCAAGAGAGUCCCUGUGUGAGAAAGAGGCCUCUGCAGAGCGACUACAUCAGCAUUUUUUGCUUCGUCGGAGCUUAAACGGCUGGAAGAGACUGGGGGAGCUGCGGAUAAUUCAGGAAGAGCGAGCCGAGCGUUUUUAUCGGAUACGCACUUUGAGGAGGUUCCUGCUGGCUCUGCUGCAGCAUGUGAGCCAGGAGAGGCUGGUGAAGAGGGACCGACGAACGCUGGCUCAAGAACAUCACGACAGACACGUCCUGCAGAGGUGUUUCCAGGCCUGGAGGCAGCUUCCUUGUGUGCUGAGGAAGGAGAGGGAGAGGGAAGUGCGUCGGGAGAAGCUGAGCAGAAAAGUGGCCGAGCUCCUGCCAGAUUUCUGCCUCCAUCCCCUUUGAUGAACCUCCAAGAGAAACCGUCAAAAGGCGACAAGCUUUACACAAGUGGCAAAACAUUACUUCAGUAAUGGCAAUGAUAAAGAAAAGGCUUGUUCCAUUGCUCGCAUUUAUUUAAUAAAAUAAAUAAAAUCCAUUCGAAGUGCACUGAUGUAAGACAGAGCAGUUAUUGAAGUACAAAGAGUUGAACUAUACAAACUAGUGUCCUAACAGUGAGCUUCAGCAGUCCUAGGCUGACACUUGGUCGUUUGAUGAUCAAAUGUAUUAGCUUGCUUUCAAGUGGAAGUGUGACAACCUAUUACAAGUUUCAUUAUACAAAUGCAAUCAACCAUUACCAGAAUAAACCUUGUGCCGCAUUUCAUUCACCUGAUAUAAAUACCCAUAAUGCAAUUUGCAAGGCAAAGAGCCGACAAUGAGGUACAGAAGUUAAUUACAUUUUUCAUGUUUAAAAAAACGAAAACUUUAUUGGAUUGAGUCAGUAGAACUGGGAAAAAAAACAAUGAAUUUGUAUUCAGCCCGACUCACUAAACAGUUUCUCUAAACAAGUUUUACUGCAUUACCAGGUGCAUGUCUGCAGGGGUACUCUGCAGACACACCAGUGGCUCUACCAGCAGUGAAUAUAAAGAGACUUAUAGUCCUUUCUUCAUGCAUCUGGCUCAGUCAGACUGGAUGGACAAAAUUGGUAAACAUUAAUCUGCUAAUUUUGCCACAGAUUUCCAACUGGAUGUAGUUCUGCACUUUAACCGGAUCAUCUUUAGCACCUCAUGUUUUGAUCUAAACAAUUUAAGUGAGCCUCUGCCACAGUCUGUAUUGUUUUCUCCUGAGAAUUCAGGACACUGUUUUUACCACAUGAGUUUUGGAUGCAGACAAAAAAAAAGUUAAAUUUUGGUAUGAUCAAAACAGUAUAUUCUUCUAUAUUAGGCUGUAUUGCUUUGGUAGCAGACGGUGCACCUAUGAGCUGCACCCUGGAUCUCUGAAGCUCCUUCAGAUUUACCAAUUUUGUGGCUCUUUGCUGCUUCCCUAAUAUAAAUUAAAUACAUGUAAAACUACAGUUUUCAUCCACCUCGGGUGUGCAUUUCUUUGUCCAGAUCUAUA